AACGAGGGAAGGGAGGGUUCUGUUUCUUAUUCCAGACUGUAAGAGUCAUAUUUAUGAAUGAUUUACUCCUGAGGUUGAGGGCUCGAUGCAAAUGAGCACAAAGGAAGUUGUCAGCAGCAUCGUGCUCUGGCCAAUGGUAGGGAAGCUCCAUCUUAGCUGUGCCAUAGGCUGCACUAAAAAAAGGGACCAGAACGGCGCUCUCUCAGCAUCCUUUCCCACAAGAGGUAGCCCCCAAAUCUGUGACAGUGAGCACACUAAGACACCCCCUCAAGAAUGGCAACCCUCAACAGCACUCACUGGAACGAGACUACAUCCAUUUCCCAGUAUCUGGGCUUCCAAGUGCAAAAAAUCUACCCUUUCCAUGACAACUGGAACACUGCCUGCUUUGUUAUCCUGAUCAUAUUCAUUUUCACUGUAGUUUCUCUGGUGGUGCUGGCUUUCCUCUAUGAACUGCUGGACUGUUGCUGCUGCGUGAAAAACAAGACUGUGAAAGACUUGGAGAAUGAACCCAAUCCUGUCAGGGCCAUGAUGAACAGCUUCAGGAAGCGGGAAACAGAGGUGGUGUAGGGAGGACUGAGCACCAGCACUUGGAGAACAUCUGACACCUUGAAUGAAGCCUCUUGUACCUUACAAAUGAGCAAGUCAUGUGCUUUUUUGUUUUGGUCUUAAAUAUAACAGGUUGUAAUUUUAUCUCUGGAUGUGAACUGGAACAAUUGGCAAAGGCUUUCCAAGUGUUUAGCAGAAGGACAAUCUGUUGCAGUGUUACGGGGGAAGAAAAGAUUUUCGGUUUUAAAUGAACUUUUGCUGUUUAUAUUGAGUGACUAGCAUAGAAUUUUGUCUACCUGACUGAACAAAUGUUGCCUAAUAUGCAUAAAACCAUGUUGCUUAACUGGAGAAAACGUUUCUAAAAAUGCUCAACAAAUCUGAUCACACACAGUGCAAAGACACAGCAGUGCCGUCCCACCGAGUCAGCUGCACAGACACAGGACAGACAGACAAGGGGUGAGAAAAGACAUGGGAGAGAAGGGUGUGGAUGGCAAAAGACCCCUCAGACAGGACAGGACUGGGUGAAUUCUUGCCUUUGGCAGCACUUUCUAUUAUGGUUUCUCGCUUUUAGAAGAGACAGUGGUGGGAGGAAAAUUAAGGCAAUGCGAAAUGUAUCCCUAAAAUGGUCUUUUCUAACCUCCUGUGAUAGUUUGACUCUUUCUCUUUCCUCUCCUCCAGUUCCAGAGAACUGCUCUCCCUUUAUUUCAUAUUCAGCCUGGUCAACAAUUUCUGGGUGUUGAGACCUGAGUGACCCACUUCCUUCAGAAUACCUGCCCUUUCCACAAAAUCCUACUGUAGUGGUACCACUGCCCAGGAGACACAGGGACGCUCCCCUGCCCCAAGGCUGCUGCCUCUGUGGCAACCACAGCACUACAGGGGUUCUGGCAGCAAAUAACAGUCCUGUCACAAGGGAAACAAACCCACCUAAGUGGCAAAAAAAAAAAGUGACCUCACAGUCCUUCCAUAUCCGAAAUACCUUUGUGCUAUGGCCAGUCCCUAUAAUUACCUCUUUUUUUUGUUAAUGUAUCAACUCCCUCUCUCAGGGUGAGUAUGCCUAAGCUCCAGAAGAUCUGGACACAAUGGAAGACUUGCUAAUUGACUUGUGCUGCUCCUGGUUGGCGAGACGGAGUCACCAGACACCCAGGGCACUGCGAACCAGCACAGCGAGUCCAGUGAUUCACCUGGCGAAGCAAACUCCCUUCUGCAGCCACCAAACAACACCGUGACCGCUGUGACCAUUCAUCUCAGAUCUGCUUCUCACAGUGAAGCUUUGCCAGAACCAGCCCCACGUGCAGAGAAUGUUCUGUGCUAAAAAUCAAACUAUAAGCACAAUUAAUGGAAGCUGACGCCCCAAGUACAAGAUAAUUCAGGAUUCCCACCCAGACUCAUGAUGAAGAAGUCAGUGGAGGUAAUGAUGACUUUCUGCUGCAUGUGGCAGCACCAGCCUGGAAUAACCAGCUCAAGAGAGGCCAGAGUAGCCAUUGGGAUACACUGAAUUAACUAGUGUUUCUCCUUCCUAAAAGAAAACACUGUGGACACUUGCAGCAUUCCCACAAGAUGCCCCACAAGGGCUGCACACACGAAGGCAGCGUGCAGGAAGCACCACGGUCGGCCUCUGCUGCGUUGGCACCGCCUUCCAGAGAAGCACACGGAAUGACAAACCUUGGGACCCAUUCAGCUAUUUAUUCCCCAGGUCUACAAAGGUGAAUGGGUGUCUCCACAAGGAACAGAGGACAAAGGUCUCCCCUUGCACAGCCCUAGAGACUCAGGAGGAUUCUUUCCCAUGAAACAGCCCCCGGAGAUUUUGGCUCUAGACUUUUGUUGGCAAAGACCACCGAGACAAAGGUCUUAAGAUAUAAGACCACAGCCAUGGCUUACUAUUCAUUAAUAAAAUGAAACAAACAGCUUUGA